AUGUCGAAGGCGCGCUCGGCUGUCUCUGGCGCUGACCAGAUGGUUAAGCUCAUAGUGGGAGCUGGAAAAGCUGCCCCUAGUCCUCCAGUUGGUCCUGCACUUGGAAGUAAAGGUGUUAAGUCUAUGGAUUUCUGCAAGGAAUUCAAUGCGCGAACGGCGCACAUUAUACAAGGGACGCCUAUGCCGACCCGAGUAACGGUACGAGCAGAUAGAUCAUUCCAUUUCGACGUUCGAACACCACAGACUUCAUGGCUCCUCAGGAAUGCGGCAGACCUACCGGUCAAUAAGAAGGGGAAGAGGAAAGCUGCGAGCCAGCCGGGACACGAAAUAGUAGGCACGGUUACUCUGAAACAUAUUUACGAAAUUGCCCAGAUAAAGCAAACCGAACUACGACUCUCCGGUCUUUCGUUAGAGGGUCUUUGCAGGGCCGUUAUUUUCCAGGCCAAGUCAAUGGGUAUUGCUGUUGUCGCAUAA